AUGUUUGAACUACGCAAAGAAGCUGUUGAACAAGCCGUUGCAGAUGCUAAACAUAAAGCUGAAUUAGUUGCAUCGGCAUUUGGACAAAGAAUUCAGGGUUUGAUCAAUGUUAUUGAGGAUGAAUGUGAUGUUACUGAUGAGCAGCUGCAAAUAACUACACCAAGAUCAAAUAACUUCAAUGAUUACUAUCAAUUAAAACAACCGAACGAUAAAAACAAUAUCGAUAGUGGCGUCGGUCAAUCGUAUGAGCGGCCAUUCGAUUGA